AUGAACUUAGGAGAUGGUUUAAAGCUUGAAACUGAAUUACUGGAUGGAAAAACCAAGCUAAUAUUGUCUCCAUAUGAAUGUAAAUCAAAAAUUUCUGUGAAGAUGGGAAAUAAGACCAAGAUUGUAAAAUGCCCUCUGCGAACAAAACAAACUGGACACAUUCUAAAAUCAACACAAAAUACUUGUGUCAGGAGUGAAAAACUUUGGCAAAAGAAGAGACUGGGUACAGAAACCUCACUGGGAAAAAGUGAAAAAAAUAAAAUGACUUUUUCACCCACAAAGGAUUUAUGUAAGCAGUAUGUAGAUAAUGACUGUCUUCAGAUCCAAAAAGGGAUUUCAUCUGCAAAUCCUAAUAUGCAGAAGACUAGAAAUACCAUGAAUGCAUCUGUGGUAGCUGAACAGAAGUCUUGCAAAAACCAUAUCACAGCCGAAAAUAUGGAGAGCAGUUUGGUGUGUCUAACACAAGACCAGCUACAUAAGAUUUUAAUGACUGUAAACCAAGGGAGUAGAUCCAUUUCUCUAUCUGAAAAUGGAAAGGAGGAAACAAGUCAGUACAAUCUACAUAUCGACAAUAUUCCUGAUCAGCCAAAAGACAAGAACAUUAUGGGACUACUCCAAAAAACUGAGGUUGUUUCAUCUGUCCUGGAUGAAAAUAAAUCUGUUUUAAAUAUAAAGCAGGAGACUUCUAAGGAGCUUGAGCAGAAAAUUGCCAUAGAGAAUGUAUGGAAACCAGCUGACAUAUUCAGUACUCUGGGGGAAAGAGAACGUGAUAAAAGUUUGUUGGAAGCAAAAAAAGCCCAGUGGAGGAAAGAGCUAGAUGAACAGGUUGCUUUAAAGAAGAAAGAAAAAGAAGCUUCUGAAAAAUGGAAUAAUAAUCCAUGGAAAAAAUCUGAAAGUGAUAAAAUAAUAUGGGAAAAACUUGAAAUACUUGACCAAUCUUGGGAAGCAGUACCUCUGGAGUGUCCUUUCAGUGCUGUGAAACAAGAACAGCAGAGAAAAUGGAUUGAAGAGUUGAAUAAGCAAAUAGAAGAGGACCGGCAAAGAAGAAUAGAGGAAAAAAUUAUGUAUUCAAAGGGUGAGGAACAUGAUAGAUGGGCAAUGCAUUUCGAUUCCUUGAAGAGUUAUGCUGGUUGUCAGUCUCAGCUGUCCUCUCAAUCAACACACAAACCACCAGAGUACUUCUGUGUGUCUCCUGAUGCUCAGGAGCUAGCUGACAUCACCAGUGUUUAUACACCUAUAAAUGGAAGUCAGGUUGGACCUGCAGAGGAAGAGCAUGUGGCCAAACCUGUUAGGGAUGUGGCUAUGACAAACAGUCAAAAAACAAACUUUCUCCGUUCUAUGACUGCUCUCUUGGACCCAGCUCAGAUUGAGGAACGAGACAGACGGCGACAAAAACAGUUAGAACAUCAGAAGGCCAUCACUGCUCAGGUGGAAGAGAAACGCAGGAAGAAGCAGCUGGAAGAAGAGCAAAGAAAGAAAGAAGAACAAGAAGAGGAGCGUCGCUUAGCACGGGAGCGAGAAGAAAUGCAGAGACAGUAUGAAGAAGAUAUACUUAAGCAAAAACAAAAGGAAGAAAUCAUGACUCUGAAGACAAAUGAGCUAUUCCAGACAAUGCAGAGAGCACAGGAGCUGGCACAGAGACAGAAACAAGAGCAGAGAAUCCGAGAAUUGGCCCAGAAAGGACACGACACUUCCAGAUUGCUUAAAAAUCUUGGUGUUGGUACAAUACAAACGGAAUGUAAUGCAUCCACUAACAUUUCAAAUUCAAAGCAUAGCUCUGAUGAAUCUGGUGGCAAGAUGAAUACAUAUCUCAAUUAUACAACCUCUCCAAAGAAGGAUACUGGUGUGCAAACAGAUGACUUGAAUACAGGAAUGUUCAAUGCAGAAUUACACUGUGGAGCAGUAAUUGAGAGGGAGAUUAUAGGUUGUCCAUCUCCUGAGAUUUCUGCAGAGUUUAGUGGACAGUUUAACACUAAGAAUAACCACAAAUUAAGUCCAGAUAAAGGAGCCAACUUAGAAAAAGCUAACAGUUGGCUUAGUGACCACUGUAACCAGUUCAUAAGAACAGAGAAACAAAUAAAGCACAUGAAAAAAUGUCUUAAAAGGCCAGAUUGGAAUAUAAACAAGCCACUCAAAAGAUACGUUACAACAUCAGAAAAGUACCCUCAACAGCUUCAAAAGCAGAGAGAAGAAAAACAAGUAAGACGACAGAUGGAACUCCUUCAGUUGGUAGAAAGAAAGAAUCCUGGACACCUGGCUCAGAAUGAAGACACUUCACCAGAAGAUCUUCAUGCAUCUCAUCAAGAAACUGGCUCAGGGUUCAGGGGGCAUCUAGUCAAAAAGGAAGAUUCACCUCCCAAAAGUCAUCCUUUCAGCAGGGAAAGGUCUCAAUCAUCAGUUACAGCAGUAGAAAAAAGAACCCAACAAACUCAGACUAAUCUCUUGCACUUAUCACCCAAAAUCAACAGUUAUGAGAGAGAGAAUCUGAUCCCAGGAGCUAGACACAUGGAAUUACCAUUUGAGAUUUCUGAACCAUCCCAUUUUAUUCCCUAUGUCCGAACUAAUGAGAUCUAUUACCUGGAUCCAGAUGCACCAUUAUCUAGGCCUUCAACCCAGAAUCCUCAGCACCAAAAUUCACAUAACUGUGACCAAGAACAGCAAGAAUCUGACCAUGUCAGGGAUGUACUUCUUAAUCCUAACUUGGUGAAAAACAGGGAUCGACAGCAAGCAAUCCUGAAGGGACUAUCAGAACUGAGACAGGGCCUUCUCCAGAAGCAAAAGGAAUUGGAAACUAAUCUCAUCCCUUUAGCUGCAAAUCAAGAAGAGAAUUUUUAG